AAAAAUGUUCAAAAUGUUGGCUGUUUUGUGUUUAAUAUGUGUUGUGAGCGGUGUGUGGUCGUCGUGCGACUCGUGCGGGCGCGAGUGCAGCGCGUCGUGCGGCACGCGCCGCUUCCGCGCGUGCUGCUUCAACUAUCUGCGCCGGAAGAGGGCGCCAUAUACCGCACAGAUUCAUUUUCAACCUCAUGACAUGAAGGACAACAGGCCGAAGACUGAUCUACCUCCAUCCUUCCUCCAGGAAGACCCAAAUGCAGACCUAUGGAUGAACAACAUGUUAGCAAGCGAAUACCAACCCUAUACCUUAGAAGACAUGUUUGAAAAUCGUUUGGAUUGAAUUCUUUCUUGU